AUGUCCUCCAGAAACUCCCACUCGCAUUUUUACUCCUCCCCUCCUCCCCUCUCCUCCUCCUCCUUCCAGGAGGCUCCCUAUACACAAGGCGACGGUGGUGCGCCUCGGAAAGACGCAGCAGCUGCUGUAGCUGCCGCAGGCUUGCUUAACGAGUACAAUGCCCACCAAAACUCGGCCCUCAACCUCGACUCUCCACCGUCGCCCAAAGUGACCUCUGCCGAGACUCCGGCCGGAUCUACAUCCGUCUCAACACCGAAGCGGGUUCGCGCCGGCACCCUUAGCAGCAACUUUGAUCAAAUCCAGUUUCGGUCUCAUACAAUAGCUCCUUCACCUACCCUGCCGCGGUUUACAUCUGAUUCCGCCCCCCCGAGACCUGCUGCGACUGUGGACAACAACCUUCACUCGUCCCCGCGAGGUCGCCAGAACCUGAACAGUCCGGCUGGUCAUAGUUUACGGCUGCAAACCGAGAUAAAUCCCAUAGUGAACCCAUUCACCACGGCAACCGGCGACAGCUCAAACUUUGGAACCUUGAGUUCUUCGCCGACACCUAUAAGAUCCUCUCGUCCUUCUUUGACCUUGCACCACAAGUCUUCCGCCUCUUCCCUCAGACCAAUUUCUCGAACACCAAGUCUGAGAGCCGGCAGUCUUCCGAAUCCCUUCAGCCCUAUCUCGGGAACGAGCACUUGUUACCCCAGUCCGGUCAUAUCGGCCAUGGGCGAUGUCACACCUUUGCCAUCACCUCUACUACCCAGUGAUUCACCAGGUCCGUGGAAGAAAUUAGGAUAUCAACAAGCCCGCGACACGAUACCAGAAUCCCACCCCGUCGAAAACGGACCUUUCUCCAACACCGAGAGAUCAAGUCCCACCCCAACCAUGGUCCUCCCUAAGAAAAAGUCAUAUGCCGGGCUCGACUCCGGUCGUAGCGGAGCGACGAACGACACCGAGCAUUUGCGCACACAGACAACAUCAGCCUCGCAUUCACGAAACCGGAGUAUUAGUGAAUACAUUCCGGAUCCGAUGCAUAUUCCGAAGCGGAUGUCGACCAUCUCGGGAACCCGUGUCCGGCCCGAGCUGAAAAACGUGGAACCGGGAUAUGACGGCCACAUGCGCCGGGAGCCCCACUUGUCCGGAGCGCGGGGUCUGGCGCCCCCCAUUGAGAAGCCGCCGACACCCCCACCUAGCGAAGCUUCCCUGAGCGCCAACGACGUCUCAUCACUUGCCGCUUUCGGAACCAACAAAGAAUCCCAUCACGAAUAUUUCGAGGCUUAUGGAAAUCACGACCGGAAGUUGCGCCGCUGGCGCGCCAUCAAGAUGUUGGGUCAGGGCACCUUUAGCAGAGUCAUGCUCGCCACAAGUCAAAUAUCCCCGUCGGACGAUGAGGACUGCUCGCCCGGCACCGACAUGCAUACCCCCGAGCCGACAUAUCAUCACGACCGCCGCUCUCUUGUUGCCGUCAAGGUUUGUGAGCAUGGUCCCCGUGGAGGUGCUUCGGAGGACAGGAUCGAGAUGAGCUUGAAACGAGAACUGGAGCUCAUGAGGGUUUUGCACCAUCCUUCUUUGGUUCAGCUCAAGGCCUGGAAUAUUGAGAUGACGCGGGCCAUCCUGGUGUUGAGUUACUGCCCCGGUGGAGACCUUUUCGACAUUGCCAGCCGUCAUCGCGACAUUUUGAGCCCGGCACUCACACGCCGCAUCUUUUCCGAGGUGGUCGAUGCAGUCAGCUAUCUUCAUUCGGAAAAGAUUGUGCACAGGGACAUCAAACUAGAGAAUGUCCUUGUCAAUCUUGCACCCAAGGAGCUCAGCACACCCACCGAUUGGGCGACCUACCCUUACUCAGUCAUCACGCUCACCGAUCUCGGUCUCUCUCGCCGUGUCGCCGACGACGAGAAGCUCGAGACAAGAUGCGGUUCGGACGACUACGCCGCCCCCGAAGUCAUCAUGGGCCAACCAUAUGACGGCCGCGCUACUGACGCCUGGUCACUGGGUGUCCUUCUCUACGCGCUUCUCGAAGGCAGGCUCCCCUUUGACCCGCCCCCCGGAGCCGGCGAUUAUGCCAUGCAGAUGCGUAUGAGGAGUCGGACUAGUCAUCGGAUUGCCCGUGUCGAGUGGCGUUGGAUCGAAUACGGCGUUCCCAACGGCGUGGACGGUGAGGGCAAGCACGAGGCGGAUCCCGCAAAGUUCAGCGCCAAGGGCCUGCAGGGCGCCAGGGACGUGGUCGAGGGCCUACUGAGGCGGGCGAGAACCAGAUGGCCGCUCACCCAGGCUGCCGCUACCGAAUGGGUUAGCGGUGGCAUUCAGGUCGAGGGAGGAAUCCGGCUUAGGGAGGAGGAUGAUGGAGAGGAGGUCUCCCAAUGA